AUGGAGCCCCCUAAAAAUAUUGUGAAGAUUGCCGUUCAGAUGAUGGGAGCAUACCCCCAGCUGAUUGAGCUAAAUCAGAGCAAACCGCUGUCUGCAGUCCUGAAGGAUGUGUGCGACGCGUGGAAUAUCAGUAAUUCCGAGCAGUAUGCCCUGCAGUAUGUGGAUGGACAUCAGGCAUAUAUCACUGAGCUGAACAGAAUGGAAAUAAAGAAUGGCAGCAUUCUGAAACUGACCACAUCCCCGGACAAGGAGGCCAGCAGCCUAUGUAAUGGCGUUCAGAGUCACAAUCUGGAUGUGAGAUCCGAGUCUCUGAAGAAACUGGCUGAUUUGUCUGGUGAUGUUACAUUUGCUCAGGAAUUCAUCAGCCGUGAUGGACUCUGUAUUCUGGCCAGGAUGGUGGAAGAGCAAAAAGAGCCAGGGGAGGUGAUGUGCCACACUCUGAGAGCCAUUGCUGAGCUGAUGGAACACGGCUUUGUGUCUUGGGAAACAUUUAGUACAAGUUUCAUUCACAAGGUGGUGACAUUUGUGAAUAUGAAUCUGAUGCUGGUGGAGAUCACACAGCUGGCGCUGGUCAUCCUGGAGAAUGUGCUGCAAAGUAACACCAAGCUUGCAGUGAUGGUCAAACAAGAAGUUCCUCUGGAGCGACUUCUUACUUUACUGCAGCUGCCUAAUCAGCCUCUGCAAAUUAAGGUGAUGGCUCUUCUUGUGGCUCUGCUCCAGAAAUCUGUAAAUAGGGAGAGAGCGGAUAUGCUGGAAAUUCUGUGGAAAAAGAAUAUGAGGCAGUUCAUCCAUAAGCACAUUAUUCAUGGCUGGCCUGUCCUGGGAGAUGAAAUGAGCCAUUACCUGUAUGUCUUGCAAUGUCUAAGCCUAGGCCUGUUAGAAGAUUGGAUGAAGACCCCAAUGGACCCCAAUAAUGCUGAGCAGCGUCAACAACUCCAGAACCUUCGAAUUGUAGCUUUUCCAAAUGAGGGGGAUGAAGAAGGUCACAUGUCCACGGACAGACGACGUUCACUUUGUGCCAAGGAAUUCCGCAAGCUUGGCUUUAUAAAUGGCAGCCCAUGGCAGGACCUUGCUCUCACACCACCGGGACUAUUGGCUCUUGAAAAUAUGAUGUAUUUCUCAACACGCUGGCCCAGCGCUUACAGUAGAUUUGUACUUGAAAACAGCAGCCGGGAGGAUAAACAUGUGUGCCCCUUCGCUCGGAGCAGCAUUCACCUGACUCUUGUCCUGUGUGACAUCUUGCGGGUUGGAGAAACAGUUUCGGAAACAGGUCAAAGCUUCCAGACGCUCUUCUACGCACAAGACCACUUCAUGCAUGAACUCUUCUCUGUCUGCAUUCAGGUGCUGAAUAAGACAUGGAAGGAGAUGAGAGCCACACAGGAGGACUUUGAGAAGGUUUCUGUCUCCUUAUUAUGA